AUGUCGUCCGUCGAAAUCGAGGUUCCAACCACCUGCAGUCCGCUACCAUGGAAAUCCAAUGUGCUAGCGUUCAUGGUCAUCAACGGCGUCAUCUCCGUCUUUAUGGCUUUGUCUGUCGUCGGCCGGAUAUAUGCCAGAAUUACUGGAGCAGGGCUGGCUAUUGACGAUUGGUUUGCCAUUUUCGCUGCUGUACGGAUCCUGAAAUACCCUACCAUCUCGUUGCUAACGGCCGGGACAGUAUCAACUUGUGGCUCGGGCUAUCCUCUGAAAGACACCAUGCACAAUCUUUCCGUCAUACUUCGAAUCGCAUUCGCCUAUCAGAUUACGAUAAUCGUCACGAAUUUCGCUUUGAAGAUGAGCGUCCUGUUCUUCUAUACCCGAGUUUUCAAGGUCCGAUCAGUCAAAAUAGCGUCCUACUCUGCUAUGAUUCUGGUCGGAGUUUGGAUGGUCACGUUCGUCUUUGCGGUGGUUUUCUCCUGCAAACCAGUCAAAGCGUCAUGGGACUUGGCAGCGCAAGCAGCGGGGGCCACUUGUAUUCAACAAACCAAGAUGCUUGUGGCCAUGAUCUUCUCCAAUGCCGUCAUGGACCUGAUGGUGAUGGCCAUUCCAAUUCGAAGCAUCCUCCGCCUUCAGAUGAGGCGGACAGACAAGCUUGGUGUCUUGGGUUGCAUCCUGCUAGGUGCCAUUGCGACCGUUGCUUCAUUCUUCCGAGGCGUAUACGUUUCCACCGUCGACUUUUCCGAUAUUACCGGCACCAUGGCUGCCAGCAGCUUUGUGUCGGUCCUCGAGACUCUUCUUGCUGUUCUGUGCAUCUGCCUACCGACGAUCCGGCCUCUAUGGCGCCGCUACAGAGGAGACCCAUCCAGCAGUGCUGGAACGAUGAAAUUGACGGGUGAAAUGUCAGGCAGCCGCGGUCCAAGGGAUGGGCAGAUUAAAGUCACAAGGGAUAUGCAUAUCGAUCACCAGAGGCGGGACCUUGAGCUCCAGGACAUGGCAACUGGUGGAAGGGAUCAUGCCCUCUUUGACGAGUCAAGCUCGGAGAAGAAUUUGACAACAACUGUCAUAGGCAAGAAAAGCAAAUGGUCUUCAAAAUGA